ACUUUCAACAAUAAAGAUAAAUUAAAAAAAAAUAAAGUGAAGUAUAGGCAUCUCUGCUGAUUGUUCACAGGCUCUGGGGAUUUGUGGCAGCAGUGUAGGGCAUGCUACCCUUAAGGGACCUGAGACUUAAGGAGACAAGGCUCACACUACAUGAUUGGGUGAUACGAUGGGCAAAAUCAGUUGGAUAAAUUAAUGUGCUGGGAGAGUUAGAAGAUGAACAUGGGAUAGAGUAAGCUAAUGAGGUUUUGAAAUCCUUCUGGCUAAGGUAGCAUUCAAACGUAUACUCUAGUAUCAUUUUGAGCUAUUUGGAGGAUGAGCUGAUCUCAUCACCAUCAUGUUAUGUCAUCUUUUAGGACUGGUAAUUUUUCAGUGACUACAGGCAUACCUCGCUUUAUUGUGCUCCACAGAUACUGCGCUUUCAUCAACAUUGAGGAAGAACCCUCCACCAGUAAAGAGAUUACAACUUGCCGAAGGCUCAGAUAAUAGUCAGCAUUUUUCAGCAAUAAAGUAUUUUUAAAUUCAGUUUUACAGAGGUAAUUGAGAGUUGGAGGCAUUCUUGCUGAAGAUGAAUAUACUGUAUUAGCGGAGGAGGAGGAGGGGGAAGUUUUUCUUUUGCCCUUCAAAAGUCUUGAUUGUUUGGUGGCUUGCCUCUAGUUGCUACUUUUCGGCUGAGUCUGUUUGCUUCAGGAGAAAUGAUUUUUACAAUCUCCAGAAAAAACAUGUCCCAGAAAUUGAGUUUACUGUUGCUUGUCUUUGGACUCAUUUGGGGAUUGAUGUUACUGCACUAUACUUUUCAACAACCAAGACAUCAAAGCAGUGUCAAGUUACGUGAACAAAUUCUAGAUUUAAGCAAAAGAUAUGUUAAAGCUCUGGCAGAGGAAAACAAGAACACAGUGGAUGUCCAGAACGGCGCUUCGAUGGCAGGAUAUGCGGAUCUAAAAAGAACAAUUGCUGUCCUUUUGGAUGACAUUUUACAACGGUUGGUGAAACUAGAGAAUAAAGUUGACUAUAUUGUUGUGAACGGCUCAGCAACCAACGCUACCAAUGGUACUAGUGGGAAUCUGGUGCCAGUAACCACGAACAAAAGGAUUAACACAUCAGGCAGCGUUAGAUAGCAGUUAAAGAUCACCUGGUACUGCUGCAUCCACCAUGGAUUAUAUCCCAGGGUAGAAAAGCUUUUAAAUUGCUGGCUAGGGUAGAAUAAUACUUUACAAGUCAAGCUCUGCAUUUUCAAGGAACAUGCUGGAUUCAUGGAACUCUAAUUCUGUACAUAGAUUUUAAAAGUUAUUAGCCUGCUUUCAGGCAAGCUUCUUCAAUGCGGAACUAUAUCCUUAAGGGGAAUUUGGUAACAUGGUUGAUGUGGUAUGCAGGUAGGUGAUCUUUGUGUAAACCUUUUGUUUUUGAGAUCAAGCUGAAAUAAAAAACACUGAGAGACAUGGGUUAACUUUCUAUAAAAUAUUUAUUUAAAUAUGUAACAUGUUUUUCACACAAGUGAAGAAUAUUGGUAUUGAAUCAUUCUGUCAUUUGUUCUCAGUAUAUAUAACUGUUAGACUAAUACUGUUAGAAAGUAUGCUUACUUCCAGUACUAUAUUUUGUUACUCAGAUUAUGAGCAGAGAAAGGACGUAUAAUAUUGAAAAUAAUGUUUUGAACCAUGACCCAAAGAAUGUCUUCAUUUGCACUUUCCUUCAGAAUAACUGGAGGUUAACUAUUGUAUAUUUUAAAAAUUACAUUUGUAUGAGUAUAAUCUUGAAAUGGGUAGUAGCCACUGUCUGUAACCUAUUCUAAACAUUGGGACAAUUAAAUAACAUUAAGAUAGUAAUCUCUAAUCUCAUAGGUAACAUUUUCUUACAUGUAUUCUGAAGAAUAAAAUAUAUUUUUAUGAUGAGAUUAAAAAUAAGUAUUCGUGAUUGUUCACAGACAUGAAUGUUAAUUUAAAAGUUUAACCCUUUGAGUGUCUGUGCUGUCAGGGAAGCACAUUAUUUCCAUAUCUGGAUAAUUUUUGUCUUUAUGUUGGCAGGGGAAGGGAGAUGGAGAUAUUUGUGAGACUGGUGCUCUCAAGGACUUUAGCCAGAUGUAUAAAGGUAUUCGUGCUGCAUUAAAUUGCUUGGAAAAUGUUAACAUAUCAUAUAAGAGUAUCCUGCUUUAUGAAAUUUUGGAUUUGUAUAACAGAUACAUUAGAUGUUUGUUUUAUGUAAUGACCACUUAAUUAAAAACAUUUAAGAUAUAAUUUAAA